AUGGCGGUGCCGCGCGAAGGGUGGAAGGCGACGGACUUUGUAGUGGACGACAUGGUGUACUCCAGCAUUGACGUGCUCAUAAUGGACGCCCUACGACACCUACAAUGCUUGGAGAAGAAUAGCACGCUCAGGCUGUACACCGCGUUCAUCUACCACUACAAGAAGUGGGCGGCGAAGAUGCUGAAGCAGAUACGCGACAAGCUCCCCCAUGAGCAACGACUUAGGCACGUCGACGAGAUCGGCCACUACAUCCACGACAACAAGAAAAAGGAUUGGUGCAACGAGAAAGUGGUCCGCCGAGAGUACAUCUGGCUGCACGGCCCUAAGGUCACCGAAGCCCGGCUGCGCGCCUACGUGAAGCAAAUGAGCCGUGAGUGUAACCUCAUUGCUGACCAGCCCGGGGAGGAGAACAAUGCCACGCGAACGGGGCCUGUGAGGUCGACAACUAUGCACACGAUCCUCGGCCGCAUAAAGGCAUGCCAGAUGGCGGCGAGGGUGGAGGCGACGCUGUACCGAGAGAAGGAGCUGGGCAUCAUGAGGGAGAUCUCGGUGGUGAGAUCGGAGGUGCGGUUCAACGUCCGCCACAAGAACGAGAGGGACAUCAAGAACUGCGCCGACCGUCGACGCGGCACCAUCGGCGAUACCUACACCGCCGAGCAGUUCCGCCAGAUCAUGAUGAGGGUGCUGCCGACAUGGGCGGCGUCGGCGUGGAACCCGCGGGCUACCACUCCGUCGCAGACGCUGUGGCGAUUCCUGCUCAUCAAAGUGCUCACGCUACUCUCCCACCACACUCUCCUGCGCGGCGCCAGCAUCCGCGAGAUCACGCUCCCCGACGUCUUCUUGUACCACCUGGCGAGCACCUCGGAUGUGAACCCGGAUAGCCAGCCGGUCGUCAUGGUGAUCGCUGCGCGUAACUCGAAGACUUCCAAGGAUGCCCGUCUUCAGCAGAGCUACGCUGCGCGACACCUGGAAGCGGAGCUGUGCGCCGUCGGCGAGACCGGCCUGUGGCUGCACUUCAUCCUCGACCAGAUCGGUCAGUUCUCCGGCACCGACUUCCUUUCGCCGCUUGACACCACAGAACGCGAACGCUGGUACAAGAAGCAUCUCUUCUUCGCCAGAAACGACAAGGAGCAGGAGGAGCUCUCCUCCGCCACCCACCAACGUUGGACUCGGCAGAUGUGGAGGACCAACAAGGUGUUCGGCAAAAGGAACGUGCACGCCGCCCGCGCCGGUGGUGCGCAGGAGCUAGCCAUCGGAGGGACGCCGCGCGCCCAGAUCGCCGAGCUGGGACACUGGGCUCUCGACAAGAUGACGCGUGCGUACAUCACGGCCAUUCCCGUUGGGGUGGUGAUGCAGAAGGCCGGCUACUCGGGACUCAAGCAAGACUACUUCUUGGGGCGCAGCAGGGUCGAGCCCUCCGACAAACUCCUGGACCUGCUCGCCGAGCACAUCUUCCCCGGCGUGGAUGCUAUGCUGCGCGAUGAGGCGCUGAAGAAGGAGGUCGAGCGCUCGGCGCUCGAGAAGCUAGGCUACCAGGAGACGAUCGAGAAGCAAAACGACACCAUCGCGUCGUUCACCGCCGAGCUUGCUCGACUCACCGAGGCACUCCGUGUGUCAGAAGCCCGGAGGAUGCCGGCGGCGCCGCCGUCGGCGACCGAUCAAACUCCGGGCGAGGGUGGCUCCGCGGAUUCGGCCAACACGGGGACCGGAGCCAAGAGAGAUGAUGGGAAACCCCCGCCACCCCCCCAGACGGCAGAGGAGGCCAGUUACGAGCUCAACGUGGUGCAACCAUGGCGGGAUUCAAAGACCGUGCGGGACGCUUGGCGCCUCUGGAACUCCGCCACCGCCAAUGACACCCGUCGUCUUUGCGACAGGGUCGCCGAGCCGGGGUUCAUCGACCGCCACACCCUCCUCAAAGGCGCGACCCAGGGUGCACUCAACAUGAGGGUGCGCCGCAUGCUGAAGGCCAUGGAUGCGGUGCGCCAGCUACGCGUGAGCGACGGCGAUGCCGACACCGAAGCCGUGGUCGAUGCACUGAACACGAUCGCGGCACCGGGCAUUGGGACCUUCUGCGAUGCCCUCACGGUGCUCAACCCGGAGACGGCACCGACGAUGUCCAAGGAGCCUGGCAUGGGCGUCAAGGGGCUUGGCCCCAAGGUGGUCUCGAAGCUACGCCUCGCCUGUGCGCUGGUGGCGCUGGAGCUGAAGCCGACGACGUGGGUCGACCGCCUGUUUCCAGACACCUGGGAGGAUCAGAUGCCGAAGACCGAGGCCGACUUGGCCAAGCAGACCGCACCUGCGCAGCGUCCUCCGUCAAAGCGCAAGAAGUCGGCAUGA